GCUAAGCGAGAAGAAAGGGGCUCCCUUUCGUGUUGACGUUGGUUUGGAACCGUGCGCGCCUACAAGCCAGAACGACCCUUCCUUCUUCGACCCUCCGACAAACUCGGGGGAAAGGAUUUAUCGCGCGAUAUAACGCGAGGGAGAAAACCGGGAGUAUCAGUCAGUCACCCCGGCGCUCAGCCCUUCGGGGGGAGAAAGGACUGCGAGCCGCUUCUUCUACUACUGCUGUAUUUUCGUCGGAGCCAGACGGACGGACGGUCACCGCCUGGGCCGUCUGAUCGUAACGGAGCGUUUCUACUCGGCCGAACACUCGGGACCAGCUUUUGGACACCCAGUGUUACGCUUGUAAAGGCGUUGGAGGAAAAAAAAAGAAAAAAAGAAGCAGCAGCAACGGAGAAAGAGGGAGAGAAAAAAAAAAGAAAAGGCGUGCGCGCGCGCGCUCCUCGGCGUUUCAGUGGAUAUUUAAUUGCUGCACGCAGUGUCGGGGGGGUUGAGUGCGAUUGUUGCAUUUUUUGACUUACGGAUAAGAAGAGAAAAAACGAGAAAAAAACUACGGCAAGCAAAAGCGUCAACGUAAAUAAAGAUUUACGAAAAAUAAUAAACUGCAACGAGACGAAGAUUAACCAUUUUUUUUUCCUCGUUAUCUUUUCACCUCUGUCUCUCUCACUCUAGCUCUCACUUUCCGUACAAACUGUACACAAAUAACGUUGCUAAUUCUCGUUGAAACGAGAGGCAAGAAGAUUGUGAUGUUCGGGGUGACAGUUUUGCAUAAAUUACACGACACCGUGAUGAUUGUACGACUUCGGCUUAUCGCCAGGGAUCGUCGACUAUCCAGUUGUUAGGGGAAAAGUACGUGCAGAGCUCGGAGUGAUAUUUAUAUAUAUAUAUAUAUAUAUAUAUGUGUGUGUACAUAUGUAGUUUUUUCUCAUCUUCUCUGCCAAAUAGUACACCACAGCAGGUGUAAUUUUUUUUUCCAUGCCAAGUGUCUCGUUGAUCCUGUGAAAUGACGGACUGAUUUAUACGUAUGCAUGCACAAUACAUACAUAUAUAUGUGUGUGUGUACAUAUAUAUAUCCAUAUACGUAUAUGUAUACAUGUAUGCAGGGGGUAAAAUUUUUCACAUAUAACCGUGCGUGAUAAACAAUAAGAGACGACGAAAAAAAACAGACAAGUGUUUCAAAGGGCAGAGAAAACUGUUUGAUACAACAACGAUCGAGUCCCUUCGUUGACGAUAAAAUAUACCGUUUAUAAUAAUAAUAAUCAUAAUAAUACCUGCACACGAUCAACAUACUAAAUCGCGUGUGUGUAUCUUAUUUCUGUUUCAUCUAAAAAUCUUCGCUUCGUUGGAAAUUACGAAUAUAUAAUUACAACAAAACUGGACCGACUCGUCGUCGAUCGCUGCUGGAUGAUGCAAAUCUGAUUACCUCCUCCCCCCCCCCCCCUCCGCCGCAAAAAAUAAAACAAACAACAAUAACCCUUCCGCAUCCUUAUCAACGGCCUUUUUCUAACUCGACUUCUCUUCCACGGUUCUCCUCUUUUUUUAUUUUGGUCGUCGACCUUCCCACCCUCCCCACGCUCUCGCUCUACACGUCCUUCUCUCUCUCUCUCUCUCUCUGUCUCUCUCUCUCUCUCUCACUCACUCACUCUUUUUCUCCCUCUCUGUCUGUCUCCCGCUCUUCUCCCUCACGGCCGCCACCCUCCACCUGUCUGCCGCGUCGUCUCUGCCCCCCCCCCCCCCUUCUCCACCCCCCGUCCACCCCAUCCCCCCCACCGCUCCUUCACCCCACCCCACGUCAUCCGGUCAACACGCGACUGUCUCCUUUAUUUACACCGCGAACUACGACGACGACGAUGCUGUGCCGCAACGUGAACGGGAACGCCGACCUCCUCGCCGCCUCAUCCUCGUCAUCGUCAUCAUCAUCGUGGUGAACGGUUUGACGUGAACAAAAAACAAACAAAAAAAAAAAAUAUACCAACAAAAAAAAAACGACAAACCAUAUAUCUAAAAAUAAAACUAAAAACCACCAAUCGGGUUCGUCCCGACGUAUCCGGUGUUGUGAGAAAUCCGUAUCACCGAAAACCCGCUGCCUGAUUCAUCCACGAUCAUUAUAACCCCGGCAAUAAACCGUCACCAUCUGCACCAUCGCCGAUCACGUGGCUUGUUCGACGGCGACACUGUACGACAAUGUUCACGCCGCACCCUUGUGCGGUUCCGGCGUGGGCCACCCUGGCUCCGUCACGCCGAUGGGUGCAGCCGCCGGAGCGGGGAAUUCCGCCGGGGUGACGACCUGGUGGAACAUCAUGAACAGCGGCUUCUACGAGGACAGCUCCCCGCCAGUACCGCCGACCUCCUCUCUCCUGCCGAUCCAGCAACAGCAGCAGCAGCCGCAGCAGCAGCAGCAGCAGAACUCGACGCCAGGCUCUCACCCGCAGGCGACGACACCGACUUCCCCGGGCGCCCCCGCAUCGGCCGGCACCGUUCCACCCCCGCCUACGGCGAGCGCGAGUUCGACGUCACCGAGCGCCUCGUCGGUCGCGAGCAACAGCGCGGCGGGUCCUCUCCACAUACCGGCGAAGCGGCUGACCGCCACCCCCGGGGGCGGUUCGACCUACGGCGAGGUUCCCUGCGUCGAGCCCUCAGGGGCGGCGGGCGCGGGGGCGGGCGGCGUGAUAAGGCACUCGCACUCCUCGACGGGCGGCUCUCAGGGCGGCUGGAGCUACAGCCCUCAUCACCCCCAGGACCCUGCCCACUACGGGGCUUCGGGGCCCGCGGCGGACCCGCUGAACCACCACCAGGCUUACGGGGGCGCGAACCCCCCCACCUACUACAACCUGGCGGCCGACCCGAGCUCGACGACGGGAUCCUCGAGGGACAGCCGAAAGGCCGCCGCCGCUCUCAGCUUCUGGUCACCGGCGGCGGCCACGGCCUCCUCGGGGGGCGCCGGCGGACCCACCCCCGCUGACUAUAAGUCUUACAACUCGUCGGGGGGCGCCACCGGUGCGACCUCCUCCGCCGGCGGGGGCGGAUCGACUUCCGGCUCGGCCGGCGACCCCGCCGUCUCCUGCCACCAGAGCUUUUCCCCAAGCUGGUGCAACUACUCCCCCUACUCGACGGCCAGGCAUCAUCAUCCCGUCGACACCGCCGGUCAUCACCACCCCCACUCCCAGGCCGGUAUACCCUACCUCACACCCUCGGCGGCUGACGAUCGGGGAAGGACCGCCGCCGCCAUGGUCGCCGCCGAGGGGGCCUUUCCUCACGACGGAUACGGGAGUCUCAGGAACUACGGGGCACCGGAACCGGUCACCUCCAGCCCCUAUCCACCUCCAGUGAUGUGGGGUUCCUCCCCAUCCUCGUUGUUUCCCGCAGCAUCACUGGCGGGCGUCGGCGUGAGCGUCGGCGUCGGAGGAAUGGGGGUCGGUUGCGGCGGUGGGAAUCCCCUGGAAUGGACGGGCCAAGUGACGGUGCGCAAGAAGCGCAAACCCUACUCGAAGUACCAGACGCUGGAGCUGGAGAAGGAGUUCCUGUUCAACGCUUACGUGUCGAAGCAGAAGCGGUGGGAGCUCGCCCGGAACCUGAACCUCUCCGAGCGGCAGGUCAAGAUCUGGUUCCAGAACAGGCGGAUGAAGAACAAGAAGAACAGCCAGCGGCAGUCGCAGCAGCAAAACAAUAACAACAACAACAGCAACGCGAACAACGCGAAUCACCACGGGGCCGCCGGAAGCCACCACCACCCUGGCGGCCAUCCGCCUUCCGGUCACCACGUAGUUGCGCAGGCGCACCACGCGAACGGACCCGCCAAGCAUCAUCAGUGACCCGUGGCCUACUCCGGGGUUGUAUUCGACCACCACCACCCUCACGGCCACGCCGCAGCGGCGCCCGGCGUCCACGGGGGCGUCGGCGUUCACGGCCACGGCCUGCUACCGGGGGGCGGAGGGGCCCACGUCCCCGGACACGGACUCCACGGCGUUGGUCAGGCCCAGAUCGGGGCCCAUUCGGCAUCGACCGCCGCCGCCGCGGCGGCGAUACACUCGCGGAAUCAUCAGCUUGCUCACGCGGCUCACGCCGCCCAGCAGCACUUGCUUCAUCAGACUUCCCACGGACUCGCCGCGUGAAAUUCAAGCUCAAACUUUAUCCCGCAAAGGGUGUCUCAGGGUGUGAAGUGGUGCGCCUCCUGUAUCAGGCUUAACGACGUAUUAUUUUUCCACCUUGGAUUCACUGUUUUCAAAACGCCGAAUCAACCCCAGAGAAUUGAUACCCCGUUAAUAAAUGUACUUGUCGAUACGCGAUUUGACCGUUUGAUUUUUUUUUUUUUCUUUUUUUUCUCUUUUUCUUUUCGUCAUUUCUUCCUCACGAUUCUCUAUUUAAUCGGCACUUUUCUGUCUAUUCGCGUGACGCAGUUUUUAGUAUCGCGGAGAACGUUGACCAUUUUUCAAACCUGCGGUAGAUAAUUUAUAUACAUACAUAUACAUAUAUAUAUAAUAUACGUGUGUGUAUAUGUAAUUAUAUAUAAUAUAUAUAUAUAUAUACUCAGAGACAGCGGUGAAUUAUAGGACUGUCGAUGUUAUUGUGUGCAAAGUGCGCGUAUGUUAAUUGACAAAUUGCGAUAUUACGUACACACGUGCAUACAUACAUACAUACAUACAUGCAUACAUACAUACAUACAUACAUACAUAUAUAUGCAAUAAAAAUAUGUAUCUGUGUAUAUGUAUAAACCGAUAACGAUUAUAUAUUGUAACGAUAAUUUUAACGGUAAUUUACUAAUUAUAUGUAUAUAUAUAUAUACAUAUAUUGUAUAUUAUAUAUUGUAUAUAU